GCACGCUUUGGGUUCAGUAACGACUACAAAUAGUAGAAUAUCAAUAUAGAAAACAGCAUACUAAACUUUCACGUCUCUCACGAGUAUCAACCUAUCUAACCUCCGCAAUAAUGGCACCACUUCUAAGUAACACGCUGCUACCCGCAUCACUAUCAAUGCUCGACAUCCCCAGCGACAAUACGGUUUCCGAAUAUGAAACGGAUGUGAAACAAUUGGUCCAGGCCCUCAGCCCCCUUAUAAGAAAGUCACCGAAGCAAAUUGAGAGUCUUCUCUCAUAUUCACCUCGCAAUAAUGAUACACAUACGGCAGCAAACGCUCCAAUUCUGCUAGUGCAUGGGUUCUUCGGCGAGGGACAAGAUUAUUACUGGUGGAACGGAAUGAAACACCAUCAUAAUGUAAUCGUCAGCGACAUAGGCCCGAUAAGCUCGCAGCACGAUCGAGUAUGCGAGCUUUUCUAUCAAAUGGUAGGGGGUACAGUCGAUUAUGGAGAAGAGCACUCGCAAAAGUGUGGACAUGCUCGCUACGGACGCACAUUCGAAACACCUGCUUAUGCAGAAUGGUCUUCUGAAAAUCCGGUACACACCGUUGGUUACAGCUUUGGUGGAAACACAGCGCGUGCACUGCAGCAGUAUCUGCACGAACAACGCUUCCCAGGAUACGACACAGCCGCUGACUGGAUAUUUAGUCUCACUGCAAUUGCAGCACCCCUCAACGGGUCGUCGAUCGUUCAUGAUCUUGCAGGCCUAAGCACUAGUGAAUCGAAUUCAUUUCGGGCGUUGGCUCCAGGUAAAUUACUCGAAAGGGCUUUCCGACUAUACGAUUGGAUGGAUAUUUCAUUGCUCAGAAACAACUUUUACAAUCCAUACUUUGCACACUUUGGAAAAACUGGGCGAACUGAGGCCGAUACCUGGAGUGAGUGGCUUUCUAUGCUUGUUGCGUCCGUAUGGAAUACCCCCAUGGAGAAUUCUUACGAUCAUGGCUUGUAUGACAUGGCACCCGGGAAAUGCUCUCGAAUGAAUGAUAAGAUGGUGGAUGCUUUUGACUGUACUUACUACUUCAGCUUUACUAAAACGCUCACGAAAGAGUCGUCUUGGAAUGGCAUUCAUAUGCCCACUACAGCUACCCUUCUUUCACCCGUAGGAGCAUUCCUAGGGAUGCACAAUUAUGACGCAAAGUCAUUGCAGACCAUGUAUCCGAGGUUGGACGUAAGUACUGAGGAGAAGGUAUCGGCCAUCAACAAUGGAUUACGCCGCAAUGACUGCGUCGUGCCGACAGUGUUGCAAAGUCACCCUGGAUUAUGCUUCACUCAUGCUGACCAGUCCGUAGAAGCUAGCAAUUACCUCAAUGGGCUAGUUGGAGGUCACGAGGACGGUACUGCGAAGUGUGCAUGCGAGCAUAAAGCUACCUUACAGGAACAUGGGGAUGAUUUACAAACAGGGAAGUGGUACGUAACUGAUUAUAACAAUAUGGAUCAUGGUACGCUAGUGAUGACUGUCUUUGACCUCAGCAUUCAGAAAGAAUUCUUCAAAUCAUUAUACUUUAAAUUGCGAACACUGCCGAUGGCGUCUGAAGAUAAACUAUAGUUCCUUUUGAGAAGGCACC